UUGACUGAUUGCACUGACUGCUAUGGAGAGUUUUCCGCAAGAAUCUCAUUUAGCGGCAGAAUCAGUCAAAGCAACCUAUGGGUAACAAGUAACAAAGAAAUAACAAACUUUAUCGAAGGAAAUGGAAUACUUUUAGUGUUUCCGCAUCUUUGGACUGCAUCUGCAAGUAAUGAUGCUUUGCGACUUGUAUCAACAAGUAAAUCAUAUCGACGUCGAAAGGCUCGUACUGUAUUCUCCGAUCAGCAACUUCAAGGUCUUGAAAAAAGGUUUGAAUCACAACGGUAUCUCUCAACUCCAGAACGAAUUGAACUAGCUUCUUUACUGAAUUUAAGUGAAACACAGGUUAAAACAUGGUUUCAAAAUCGUCGAAUGAAACAUAAAAAGAUUGUUGGAAAAAAAGGUGCUAAUGGCUGUGGUGAUGACAAUGAUGGUGAAUCUGAUGGAGACAAGGAGUCAUCAUAG